AAUCCCUUCAUUUAACAAUCAAAUUAUUGUUUUAUUUGUUUGGUUUUACAUUGUAAAUUGUACAGCUGUUAUGUAGCCUGAAAGGAAGCGGUUUUACUUUCAAAUACCACCCCGCAGACGCCAAACUCCAACCUGCAAGAUGCCCAAGAAAGGUAAAGGAAAGGGUAAAAAAGCUAAGGCAAGGCUCACCAAGGCCGUGCUCGAGCAGCCUGCUUUAGCUGUCCCGAAAGAGCCAGUUUUCGAUAGAAAUCUGCCUGUUUUUUCCUUCGAUCUUGUGAUGACGCAUCUGGAUGUGACUGGCGUGCCGCUGACCGAUCCCCUGAAGCUGGUGGUGUCGGUCACCUUUGGGGGUAACACUUUCUCCCUAACGGCCAGUAAGACAAGCAUCGAUGUCUUCAAUUCCUCUGCCAAUCUGACCUUCCAAAAGGAGCCCAAGGAUCUGGUGGACAACAUCAUGGAGAACGGUCUGGGCUUUGAGGUGACCUACGACAGCGAGUUGGUGGGUGUGGGUAAAACGCGUUUGCCCAAGAAACUGACAAAUAGCAUUAACCUGGACAUGAAAGAGUUCUCCUAUACGCGCACCUGUAACCUGGAAUUGGAUGGCAAGCCAAAGGGCAAGCUGGAGUUUUUAUGCAAGUUGUUCAUCAAGUGUGGCGAUUAUGCCAGGGCUGGCGAAACCUGCCGAAAUUUAGAUAAGAACAUUAGCCCGCAGGACAUAGUAUUUGUUAUUGGCAAGUCAAAGACUCAUCCAAACGCUUGUGACCCUUGUCGCGAGGCUCUGGAGAUCGAUGCCAGAAAACAGAAGGAUUAUGUUAUCCAAUCGAGUCCUGUUUCCAGAUAACAGGCAGCAUGAGUAAUUUAAGGCAAUAUUCUUAAACAUUUAAACCAAAUAAAUAUUACAUGAAAAUUCAGACAAAGUAUCUUGAGGAAGAGCUUUCCUGUUA